AUGAAAUCAAUUGCUUUGAUAUGUUUGGCACUGGCAAUCCAGCAAGUUUGCUCACAGUACCUUUACUACUACUAUCCAUCAUCUUAUACGCCAACUCUCUACUACUAUUACCCGACCACAGCAUUAACACAGCCAGUCAAUGAUGGAUUGGCGGUUGGAGGAGCUAAUGCGCAAAUGCAGUACCAGCAACAGCCGUACUAUACGCAGGAUUACGGUAAUGGGUACCCGAACAAUGGAGGAAAUGUUCAACAACAGCAGUACUAUAACCAGCAGUAUCCGCAACAGAAUCAACUCGAUAGUCAGAAACAACAACAACAACAACAAUUAUACUAUAACCCUGGAGCCUCUCAAUUGCCUUUACAGCAACAGGGAUACCAAACAGAAUACAAUCAGCCGAUAGGAGGCCAACAAUAUGACUACUCAAUGCAAUAUACCCAACAGCAACCACAGUCACAGUAUAACCAAGGAGCACAACAGCAGCAGCAGUACUACACUCAGAAUGCGGCCACUGUACAAACGACUACUCGAUCUCCAUAUAUUCAAAAUUAUAACACUCAAUUGAAAAAGCUGCGAAAACGAAAAUAA